AUGGAGACGCUGCAGGAGGAGCUGGAUCGCGCGCCGCUCGAUCCCGACGCGGUCCGCGCGGAGGUGAGCGCGCUGGAAAAGGAGAGCGAGAUCCCCGUGCACAUGCUGUUGAAGCGCUACGGCGCGCCCAAGGAGGAGGUCGAAGCCGCCUCCGUCAAGGCCGAGUCGGAAGCCGGCGGCGACGACGAGGAUGAGGACACCGCCGACGACUCCGAAGGAUCCUUCAACGAGGACGACGACUCCGACGACGAUGAGGACGACGACGAUGAGGACGAUGAGGACGAUGAGGACGAUGACGAUGACGACGCGAUGCCGCCGCCGGGGAGCCAGCCGGACUCGCGCCGCGUCUCCCUCACCAUCAACGGCGUGGAGCGCCCCCCGGAUAAGGUUGGCGCGCUCCCCGUCGUGUUCGAGACCCCGGAGGAGGCCAAGGCGGCGGCGAUCGAGGAGGGCAAGCGGAUCAGGUACGAGGACGGCGUGAUGGACCGCGCGUGGGACAUCAUGGCGCGGCCGCCGCUCAUGAAACCGGUGCCGCCCUUCCCCGAACCCGCUCGCAACAAGACGCAUUGGGAUCACCUGCUGGAGGAGAUGAAGUGGCUCUCCGGUGACUUUGUCCGGGAGCGUAAGUUCCGCGCUAAGCUCGCGCGUAAGGCUGUGUACGCGGUGGCCAGGUCCAACCUCGACUUGGAGUCGCGGGUGAUCAAGCGCGAGCAGGACUUACUCGCCGCGCAGCGGAAGACGGCGCGGAACAUCGGCAACGAGAUCAUGCACUUUUGGAUCAAGAUUGAAAAGGUGGUACGAUUCAAGGCGCAGGCAAAGGUUGACUCCAAGCGUAAGCAGGUCAUGGACAAGCACCUCGAUUUCCUCCUGGGUCAAACCGAGAGGUACUCGACCAUGCUCGCGGGUAAGCUGACGGGCGAGGAGGAAGGCGCGCUCGAAGGUGGUGAAAUGAAGGCACUGCCUGCUCCGGCUCAAAAGUCAAAACCCAAUCCGAUGCCCUCAGUCCCCGAGGUCAAGGAGGAAGAGGACGAAGACGGUGACGACUUCGUCGCCCCAGACGAAGACGAUAUGGACGACGAGGAGACCCUGGAGGAAGAGAUGCGACGGGCGCAGGCCGAGGGCGACGAUGAAGACAACGACAAGGAGAUGGCGGAUCUAGCCGCCGACGCCGAGGUGCCAAUCGAGGAAUUACUCCGCCGGUAUCGCGAGAUGGAGGAGGCGGAGGAGAAAGAGAAGGCUUCCAAGGUUUCCAAAAAGUCGGUCGAGAUCGAGGAUCACGAACCCACGCCGAUGGACACCACGUGUUCGCCGGGUGAGGAGACCAGGGAGACGACCUUCGCGGACAUCGUCGGAGAAGCCGGAGCUGUGACUGGAACGUCCAAGCGGGGCCAGCGAGGCGGGAAGCCCGCGCCGGCCGCCGCCGAGGCCCUGGACGACAACGACGAUUUCAAGAUCGGAGACGGCGAGGAAGAAGAGGACGAUGAGGAGACUCUGGAGGAGGAGAUGCGACGGGCGCAGGCUGAGGGUGACGACGACGAUCACGAGAAGGAGAUGAACGACCUCGCCGCGGACGCGGAGAUUCCAAUCGAGGAGCUGAUGCGGCGGUACCGGGAGAUGGAGGCUGCGCACGGCGGCGGCGAAGAUUUGGAAGAAGCCGAAGAGGAGGAAGGUGACGACGAAGAGGAGGACGAGGAGGAGGAAGUCGAGGAGGAGGAGGAGGAGGACGAGCCCGGUGUGGACGCCCUCGGCGGCGACGACGAGCCCCCGAUGACUGAGGAACAAAAAGCCGCGUCUCGCGAGCGCCGCAGAGUCCUCGACUCCCUCGCCGGGGAUGCGGGUUCCUUGCAGCCCAAGGGACACACUCUCGAGUCCGCGGACGUCAAGUGUCGGGUCCCGUUCCUGUUGAAGCACUCGCUGCGGGAGUAUCAGCACGUGGGACUCAACUGGCUGGUGAGCUGCUACGACAAGGCUCUCAACGGGAUCCUCGCCGACGAGAUGGGCUUGGGAAAAACCAUCCAGACCAUCUCGUUGCUCGCGUAUCUGGCGUGCAACCACGGCAUAUGGGGGCCGCAUCUCAUCGUGGUGCCCACGUCUGUGAUGUUGAACUGGGAAGUCGAGUUCAAGAAGUGGUGCCCGGCGUUUAAGCUGUUGACGUACUUUGGCACUGCAAAGGAGCGGAAGCUGAAACGGCAGGGUUGGUCCAAGCCCAACUCGUUCCACGUGUGCAUCACCACCUACAGGCUGAUCACCCAGGACCAAAAGGUGUUCCGUCGUAAGAAAUGGAAGUACCUGAUCCUGGACGAGGCGCACAUGAUCAAGAACUGGCGGUCGCAGCGUUGGCAGACGCUGCUCAACUUUAACAGCAAGCGAAGGCUUCUGAUCACGGGGACGCCGCUGCAGAACGACCUGAUGGAGCUCUGGUCGUUGAUGCACUUCCUCAUGCCGCACGUGUUCCAGUCGCACAGCGAAUUCAAGAACUGGUUCUCGUCGCCGCUCAGCGGGAUGGUCGAGGGCGGCGAGGGCAUCAACAUGGACCUGGUCUCGAGGCUCCACGGCGUGCUCCGCCCUUUUUUACUUCGAAGGCUCAAGUCCGAGGUUGAGAAGAACCUCCCGGGUAAGACCGAGCACGUCGUGCACUGCGGGCUGUCCAAGCGUCAGCGUCGCCUGUACGAGGAAUACAUGGCAUCCAGCGAUACGUCCACCACGCUGUCCAGCGGCAACUUGUUGGGUAUCAUCAACUGCCUGAUGCAGCUGCGAAAGGUUUGCAACCACCCGGACCUUUUCGCCGGGCGGCCCAUCGUCUCGGCGUUUGACAUGCUCCCCGGCGUCAGCAUCGCGGUCCCGUCCGUCGUGCAAAACGCGGCCCGCACGUUACACGAGGAUCCGUUCCGGUCCAAGUGGUUCGCGCCCCGGGGGUUACACCUGCUGACCAUCGAGGACGUCAACGCGGACGCCGGCGGAUACGGCUACGCCUCCGGAGACGGCUGGGGGUGUCGCGAGGCGCUUCGUCGGAUGGCGCCCGUUCACGAGGUGGAAGCCGCCCUGGCGCAGGUCACGCCCAAGCCGUCGCAACGACUGGGUCGCAUGACCCAAAACGCGGACGCGGCGGUCAGGCUCUUCGCCGAGGCGAGAGCGGCGGCGGCGAAGGUUGAGAGGCGCGAGGUCGCGAGGCGGCUAGCUCUCGCCGCCGCCGACGCCGCGUCGCGGAUCCCGACGUACGGCACAGACCUUCGCCGCGCGUGCGUGGUGCGCCACCCGGUGCAUCACUGCCACCUCAUCGAGCGUACCUUCGGGGUUGGGCCGUUCGCGACGGCUCCCGCGCUGUUGUCCGCGGUCAAGACGUACGAGGCUAGGGCAUCGGACGGAGCCGAUUUGGUGACGGCGUUUAUGUUCGCGAUUCCGAAGGCGAGGGCGCCGACGCCGACGAUGACGUGCAGCGCGCCCAGCGCAUCGGUCCGCGCGGCGUCGCGACGGAUCGACGCGUGGGCGCAAAAAGUCGGCGCCCCCGCGCUGGCGCCGCUUCGCCUGGCGCAGGUUCGCCAGCAGCUAUUCUUCCCGGACAGGAGGUUGGUGCAGUUUGACUGCGGGAAGCUGCAGGCGCUCGCGACGCUCCUUCGGAUGAAGAAAUCCGGCGGGCACAAGGUGCUCAUCUUCACGCAGAUGACCAAGAUGCUCGACAUCCUCGAGGCGUUCCUCAACCUCUACGGCUACCCUUACUGCAGGCUCGACGGCACCACGCGGCCGGAACAGAGGCAGAUCAUGAUGCAGCGAUUCAACACUGACCCGCGCCUUUUCGCGUUUAUCCUAUCCACGAGAUCGGGCGGCUUUGGGAUCAACCUCACAGGCGCCGACACCGUCGUCUUCUACGAUUCCGAUUGGAACCCGGCGAUGGAUCAGCAGGCGCAGGAUCGCGCGCAUCGCAUCGGCCAGACCCGCGAGGUUCACAUAUACCGCCUGGUGUGCAAGGGGACCAUCGAGGAGAACAUUUUGCGCAAAUCGAUGCAAAAGCGCGAGCUGGACCACUUCGCGAUUCAAGCGGGUAACUUCAACACCGAGCAGUUCAAGAAGAUCGCGGAGGCCAAGGCGAGGGGUGAGACAGCGCCCGACGGCUCAGGUCCCGGAGACGAAGACGAAGAUAAGAAGCGUCGCGCGGACGUUGUCGGUGGCGACGCGGGCUUUGCGGCGAUGAACAUCUUCGACAAGGCCAUGGGCGCGAUGGGCAAGUCCAAGCCGGACAACAAUAAAAACGGCGGUGGGGGCGGGGGCGACGGCACAAAUGAGGAUGACGAGGUCGCCAGACUCAUGGACGAGGCUCAGGACGACGCUGACAAGGCCGCCGCGGCCGCUGAGGCUGCCGGUGACGCUGACGAAGCCGCCGAGUUUGGUGAUGACAUCCGCGAGAAAGACAACCCCGACACGGAGGAUGACGAUAAAAGCGGGGGAACCUCCGACCAAAAAUCCAACAAGCUGAAGCGCGUGGCUUCGGCGUCCGACGGCAGAUCGCUCGCCAAGGCGUCCGCGAACAAGGACGAGGUCACGCCCGCGACCCCCACGCAAAAGGUUGGCGAUGCUGACAACGGCGUCGGCGGCGACUUGUCCAUGGUUGCCAUCAACACGUCUCUGGAAGGGGACGACCAGUUCGCGCAGGACAUGAUGCGCAAGGUGCAGAUGUCCGCGAGCAAGGGCGAGGCGAUCGAACAGCAGCUCCGUCCCGUGGAGCGUUACGCCGUGCGUUAUCUCGAGGAGACGGUUCGUAUCCUGGACGACGUCGGCAUCGACGCGGACGCCGUCGUGGACAUCGAGGAGAAGGCGUGGGAGCUCGACCAGCUCGAGAAGCAAAAGGCGGCGGCGGAGCGGGAAGUGGACGACGACGAGGAAGGACUCGUCGUCGAGGGUUGGGAGACGGGCGCCGCGGACGAGGAGUACCGGAAAAAGGUGGAGCAGGCGCAGGAAGAGGCGCGGUUGCAGGCGGAGUGGGAGCGUCUGGAGGCUGAACGAUGGGCGGCGAUGUACGCGGUGCCGAGCGCCGAGGACAGAUCCGCCGCCGCCGCCGCCGCCGCCGCGACGGGCGCGGGGGGCGGGGGCGGGCUCGCGGGCGCCAUCAUCGGCGCUAAGGUUCCCAAGGGGAAGCGAUCGAGCCGGGAUAACACCCCGGGGGGUACCCCCCGCGCGGGGUCGCCCGCUCCCGAGGGCGCCGCCCCGGCGCUCAAGGUGAAGUUCAAACUCGGUCCCUCGCUCCUCGGCGGCGGGGUCAAACGCGAAUGCGAAGAGUCGACGGACCCCGAACUCGCCCACGCGCACAAGAAACACAAGCACAAGCACAAAGACGAGACCCCGGAGGAACGCGCCGAACGCAAGCGCAUGCGUAAGCUAACCAAGGAGGGCGCGAUUGCGGGCGGGCCGCAGGCGCAGACGCCCGUGAAACCUAACCUGACGACGGCGGCGGCGGGCGCGGCUGUGCUGCAGCAGUCCCCGACGAUGACCAACCCGAUGGAGGUAUCUCCCGGCGCGGGGAAUAACCCGAUGGGGUACCCGGCCGGCAUGAUUCCAGCGGACUUCACGAUCAAGGAGGAUGCGGUCAUAUCCACGCUCGUGCUGACCAUGGGCGACCGGGCGUUUUCGCUUGGCAGCGAGUUGCUGUCCAACAACGGUCCGUUCAUUCGCCCUCCCGCCGCGUGCAAGGACAGGUUCAGGAAGCUCAUCGCGCUGCACGGCUCGUCGCUCGCGGCGGACGUGGGUUCCACUUGGAUGGCGAGCGGGCAGCUGAGGGUCACCCCCGAGCUCGCUCGCGCUCUCGCGUCCAAGGUUGCGAACGACGCCUUCCCGGGUGACGCGUCUUCGGCGUCCCCGACUGGGGACGGGGGACCGAGGAGGGCUCCCGGUCCGAUCCGCGCGCUGCUGGGUGCGGUGCAGGCGAUGAAGGCGUCGGGUGACGACGCGACGGGCGUUGGAAAACAGGGGGUGGUCGAGAGCGUGAGGAACAUCUUCAAGGUGGUUUAGGUGAGAAGUGGCGAAAUCGGCAAAUACAGUAGACUAUUUGUAAUGGCAAAUGGAAUCUACGUACCCGCACGGGUAUUCAGUUAGAC